AUGAAAUCUGAAGAGAAACUUCAAUUUUAUUUCCUUGCUGUAGGUAAACAUUGGCGUGACUGGUUCUGGUUGGUAGAGAUUAGGAUGUUAAGCGCUAAUGCAGCGGAGCGUAAUCGCCCUAAACUUGGUUCUUGCUUUGUCAGUGAUGUUUGCAAGUCUGUGGGUGCACGUGUAGACGUCUACUUGCAGCAGGCUGAUUUGUGGAAGGAAAGAGAAAAGGACAGCAGUCCUCGGUACGAGGAAUAA